AUGUCCCGGGCCAAGCUAAGAAAGUGGCAAACCCCAACCCAGCUGCCCCCAACGCCCCUCCGCCCACUAACCCAGGAUGGCCUGGUGCGGCCCCCGGAGCCCCCACACAGCCCUCUGCUCCUGGGGGAUUCCCUGGCGGCCCACAGUCUGGGCCAGGGGCCCCAGGGCAGUUCCCUGGAAGUCAAGGACCCUUCUCCUCCGGUCCCGGAGCACCAGGGCAGUAUCCUGGAGCUCCCUCUGCCCCUGGUGGGUUCCUGCCCGGCCCAGGGGUACCGGCACAGUACCCAGCUGGGCCUGGAGCCCCGGGACAGUACCCAGCUGGGCCUGCAGCCCCGGGACAGUACCCACCCGGACCUGGAGCCCCGGGACAACACCCAGCUGGGCCUGCAGCCCCGGGACAGUACCCAGCUGGGCCUGGAGCCCCGGGACAACACCCAGCUGGGCCUGGAGCCCCGGGACAAUACCCACCCGGGCCUGGAGCCCCGGGACAAUACCCACCCGGGCCUGGAGCCCCAGGACAACACCCAGCUGGGCCUGGAGCCCCGGGACAACACCCAGCUGGGCCUGGAGCCCCGGGACAAUACCCACCCGGGCCUGGAGCCCCGGGACAAUACCCACCCGGGCCUGGAGCCCCGGGACAAUACCCACCCGGACCUGGAGCCCCGGGACAAUACCCACCCGGACCUGGAGCCCCGGGACAAUACCCACACGGACCUGGAGCACCUGGACAGUUCCCUGGGCAGUUCCCUCCUGGUGGAGCCCCCGGCCAGUUCCCUGGAGCCCCCAUGCAGUACCCGUCUGGACCCUUCCAAACUAGCCCCGGAGCACCCCCAGGACCCUACCCCAACGUGGCUUACCCAGGAGCCCAGCCUGGUGGGGGGAUGUAUGGGCCUGGAGGUCCAGGAGCUGCCUUCCCUCCUGCAGGAGGCACCUACUCUGGGUUCGCUGGUGGGGCCUUCCCUCCAAUCCCCCCUGGAUCAUGGGGUCCUGGAGGCGGUGGAGGCGGUGGAGGCUUCCCUCCCCAGCCCGGCCACCCAGGGCCCACGGGACCAUACGGGGGACAAGCAGCUCCAGGAGGCAUGCUGGUGAGUAAAUACAUGCUUUUAAAACACCACACAUUGCUGCUUGCUUGCUUCCUGGUGCACUUCUGUCCUAGUCUUCACCGGAGGAUCUCUGUACACGUGGUGUGGCUCUUUUUGUGGGGUUUCCUUGCCUCGUUUUACCUUCCUAAUUUCGCAAGCUAACAUUGAGCGCAGCGUUCAGGAUGGUGGAUCAGGGAUUUGCUGGUCUUGAUCUUCUAGAACCAUCACCGCAAUAACAUUAUAUUGGUCUGAGGUGCACUGCUCUGAGGUAUUUUCUGCAGGGCGCAAACAAGGCAAGGCAAAACAACAGAAUAUAUACAGUUAUAUCAUAAUGUAUCAUUUACAGUUAUAUCAUAUGUAUUCUUGUCUUUCAGCCCAGACAUAAUAUACCAUAUCCACCACAUUUUUGAAAGCACUGAACUCGUCAGAUUUUCAGUCGGAUGAGGACACCACCCGCAGCAUUCACCUUGUGGUUUGGUUUAAGAACUACAAAAUCACCUUGUGGUUUGGUUUAAGAAAAAGCAGCAGCGUUAUUUAGUCUGUGUAAGAGGUUUUUACUAGCUCAUACCUGGGGGAGAAAGGGAACCCAAAAAUGUUUGCUGUCAUUCAAGUGCAAUACAUAGCCUUGGCUUUUGUGAAACGACACAUUUUAUAUUAUUUCAUUAAAGUCACACUUAUCUUUACAAUAAAAUGUUAUGCUACUUUCUAAUAAAGCUAAAUAUAAUUUGGUAGUAAUCCUCCUGUACUUAUGUGUUUGCCAGCAUUGAUGAAAUGUCAAUUGUGUUAUGUAUUUGAAAUAAAAGAACACUAUCACUUGUGUUUUGCAUGUGUUCUGAUUUGUUUUUGCAUUGCAGUGUUUAAAGAAGUCGUUUUGGGAUGUAUGGCCCAUAAAAUGAUAUUACUCAAGAGGUGGUACAACUGGUUGACGGAAAUUACGUUGUUUCAAUUCAUCCAGUUAUUCCUGCUAAGGCUGAUGACUCAUUCUAAUUUAGUCUCAGGUUCUGGUUUGUUUGGUGUAGGGUGUAGUGGAGACUCUUCUAAGGGGGAUGACUCAUUCUUCCAGUGGCGUUUGGAAUGUAGGUGCGGUUCUAGAGUUAGCCAACAGUCAUUUCAUUACUCAUCAUGAUAUAUUUGUAUCAAUAGGGAAAUGUUUUGCAUUUGUAAAGAAACUUUAUUUGUAUUUCUUCCUCGAUAUAAUGAGGAUGCAUCUACUAUGUUUUAAUUACAACUAAGUGACAGUUUUAGUGUCGCCACUGGAUAGUGGUCAAUGGUCAUUUCUCUUGGCACCUGAUAUAACGUCAUUUUAAUAAAGCUCAUAUAUUCAAUAUUCUUACCCAUUCUUUAUGCAAUCCUCUUCCAUUAUUUUUUGAAAUGUGUACUUCUAUUGGAUAUGUUGUUGAUUUUAAAAAAAGACUACUUCUAUUAGUCUAAUCUUUUUGAAUAAAACACUAAGACUGAUGACCUGUGAUGUUAAUGUGCCCUCUGUUUCAGCCAGUGCCCUACGAACUGCCUCUCCAUGCUGGCAUCAUGCCCAGGCUGUUGAUCACCAUAGUAGGGGAACCCAUCCCUGGAGGAGACCGGUAG